CGGCCUUUCCUCUCCAUAGAUGAACUUUCUUCACAACCCCACAAAAAAAAAAUAAGAAAAAACCCAACAAAAAUCAGGAUUAAAAGCUUGAAAAGCACAAAAAAUGGGAAGAUCACCUUGUUGUGAAAAAGCACACACAAACAAAGGAGCAUGGACCAAAGAAGAAGAUGAUCGGUUAAUUGGUUACAUAAGGGCUCACGGCGAAGGCUGCUGGCGGUCACUCCCCAAGGCUGCCGGACUCCUCCGCUGCGGCAAGAGCUGCCGUCUCCGGUGGAUCAAUUACCUUCGCCCUGACCUCAAACGUGGCAACUUUACUGAAGAUGAAGAUGAACUCAUCAUCAAGUUACAUAGCCUUCUUGGUAACAAGUGGUCUUUGAUUGCUGGAAGAUUACCUGGGAGAACAGAUAACGAGAUAAAGAAUUACUGGAAUACUCAUAUCCGAAGAAAGCUUUUAAAUCGAGGAAUUGAUCCAGCCACACACCGGCCUAUGAACGAAAAUCCUUCCGCUACGAAUAACGAUAACGAUAAUUCUGUACUAGACGUCGCAGUCACCACCACCACCACAACUACCAUAUCUUUUUCUAAGGCUACUCCAACUAUUCAUUAUCUAGUUAAAGAAGUGGAGGAUGAAGCCAAACAUAAUAUUGAUGGUGAAAACAACACAGUUAUAAUGGUAAACCAGCACUUAUCAGAGGUUCAAGAAAGAUGUCUGGAUUUAAAUCUGGAGUUGAGAAUUAGUCCACCUCAUCAUCAUCAUCAUCCAAACAAAAGCUCAUCAUCAUCAUCAUCAUCAUCAUCAUCAUCAUCAUCAUCAUCAUCAUCAUCAUCAUCAUCUUCAUCAUCAUCAUCAUCAUAUAUGCAACCACAAGUUCAAUACCACAAUCAUCAUCAUGAUCAACAUCAGCCAUUAAAGACAGGUGGAAGAAGAUCAAGUGUUGCUAGUGGUACUACUAUAUGUUUUACAUGCAGUUUAGGUGUAGAGACAAACAAGCAGUGCAGUUGUGCCUCGAGUCUAAGGGCGUAGCUUUCAAGGGGCCGGGAGGGGCGCUCGACCCCAGAACUUUCGCUCAGUAGUGUUAUGUAUGUACGUUUCGUGUAGAAUUUUUUAGGUAUAUACGUUUUCGACCCCCCGCUUUUAUAAAAAAACUUACUUAUAUAGAAUUUUUAGGUUCGGUGACUUCCGACCCUCCGAUGAAAUUUUCAAGCUUCGCCACUGCUCGAGUCCCAAUGGUACAAACAGCAGCAGCACUGGUUAUGAUUUCCUAGGUUUGAAAACUGGUGUUUUGGACUAUAGAAGCUUAGAGAUGAAAUGAAUCCUCAAUUGCUAUUUUAGUUUUCAAUAUUAUUAUGUAUGAAUUUACUCAAAAACCAAUUUGAAAAAGGUAUAUUUCUGUAUUUUUUUUUUUUCUUUUGUCUUUGAUUUGUAAAAUUAUGAUAUUGUAUAAUAUAAUGAUAUGAUUAUCAUGAGAAUUUUGUUUCUUGA